AGGGGUUCACUGCCCUCAUCAGGACCAGACGCUCAAAGGCACACAUCUGCAAUUAGGAGGAAGAUAACAAUUCUUGGUACAAAACUAGACAGUUUGGAGUCCCUUUUGUCAAAGGUUCCAAGAAAACAGCCAAAGGAUAAAGAGUUGCAGAAAUGCCAAGACAUGCUUGCAAAUCUGAAGUCUAGAACGAAGCAGAUGGGGUCUGCAUUGAACAUGUCCAAGUUUGCUAACAGGGAAGAUUUGUUUGGGCCUAGUAAAAUAUCGGUUGAGGACCGAACUUCGGGUUUGGACAACCAUGGAAUUGUUGGAUUACAACGGCAGAUGAUGAAAGAGCAAGAUCAGGGCCUUGACAAGCUAGAGGAGACAGUCUUUAGCACGAAACAUAUUGCCUUGGCAGUGAACGAAGAAUUGGAUCUUCAUGCCAGAUUGAUAGAUAAUUUGGACCAACAUGUGGAUGUCACAGACUCGAGGCUUCAGCGCGUGCUGAAGAGACUUGCUAUUCUGAACAAACGAACAAAGGCAGGUUGCUCGUGUGGAUGUCUUCUAAUUUUGGUGGUGGUUAUUGUGAUAUUGGCUGCUGUUGUUUGGGCUCUCCUCAAAUAUCUGUAAAUUGGAAGGCUAAAUUGCCUCUCGCGGCCACUCUUCUUGUGUGAGUUUGAUUUUGCAAGCAACAGAAUUUCAUUUGGAAUUGUAUUACGUGAUGUAUUCUGAAAUUGCUCUUGGGAUUCAUGAUGAUUUGGAUGCAACCCGGUGUGCAUAUAAACUGUUGCCCGUUGCUUCGUGUGCCUGAACAAAACCCUUUGUGAUCGUGUAAAGCUUGUUUAUAUAAUAUAUUGGCUUAAUUGCAUUUAAAAAA